GUGUUUGCUCAAUGAAUUGGCCCCCGGGCUGCACACAGCGCUGACGUCCAUCCUAUGGCUCAUCCACAUCCCAAGGGAUGGCACCGCAGGGAUGUCUCCCCUCGCUCAGCACAGUGUUGGGUUAUUGUUGGGGGGGGGGGGACACAGCCCAUAGACAGACUAUGGGGUGAGGAGGGAGACCCUGCCUGCGUCAGUGGGUGUUUGCCCACCACCCACGGGCUGUUGAGGGGGGGGAUAAAGGCAGCUGAGCCCCGCAUUGUUGGGGAUGGACGUUGGAAGAUGGGCACUGCGUGGCUCUGCCUGCUCUGUGCAGCCAGCGCCGGCCUCGUCCCGCUGGGCAAUGGGGGGGAACGAGGGCUGUGGGCAGCCCCACAUCGUCAGGAGCCAGAGCUGCUCCUGCCCCGAGGGGUCGAUGCCAGAGGUGCCGGCGUUGAGGCGCUGCAGGAGGUGCUGGAGAAACUGCGACACAGGGAGAUGCCACCGAGCACCAAGAAACCGGGCAGGGUCCCCUCGUGCCACCUCGGGGAGCCCUGUGCUGUGCGGGUGGGGGCUCGAUUUGGGAAGCGUUGUAGCUGCCCCCCCGGCACCGUGUGCAACCUGUACAUCCUGCAUUGCUCCUAAGGGAUGAGGACAACAAGGAUGCUGCCGUCUAUUGGGAUGCUGCCGUCUAUUGGGAUGCUGCCGUCUAUUGGGAUGCUGCUGGGUUCAUGCUGUGUUGUGUGAUAUGGGGGGGGGGGGCUAUGGGUCUCAGCCCCCUCCCCACGUUGAGAUCUGCUUCUCUCCGUUGAUCUCAGUGCCUUCACCGAUCCCUGGGGGUCGCAUUAAACCACUUGGACCC